AUGGUGGAUCUUGAAAGAAGAGUUUGUUGCAUGUGUGGUGAUGUUGGUUUCUUCGACAAGCUCUUUCAUUGCAGCAAGUACUGUAGUAGCUAUUACAAAGAGCAAGCUGAUCCAAUUAAGAUCUGCGAUUGGUGUCAGUGUGAAGCUAGGAAUCGAACCGGAGCAAAGCACGGUUUAAACGGUGGAUCGUCUAAGAGAUCUUACCGGUCGGAAUAUUCUUCAGCUCACCAGAUCAAACAACAAGAGGUUAACAAAAUUACUACAAGUAGUAGUAUCCCUCCAGUAACCGACAAGGGUAAAACUGGUGUGCCUUCUCCUAGACCGGCUACUCGCAGGUACAAGCUUCUCAAGGAUGUCAUGUAUAAGCUAUGGAGAUUCAUUAGUUACCAGAGGAGAAGCUUAUGUUCGCUUAAGGUCACUCCCGAAGAUCUCGAUAAUCAGGUUCUCGUUGAAGGAAGUGGUUGUUCUCGCACUGCGAUUCUCAAUAGACCACCUUCUCUUAAUGCGCUCACCACUCACAUGGGAGUUAGGUUGCAGAAACUUUAUAAGAAUUGGGAAGAAGAUCCAAAUAUCGGGUUUGUGAUGAUGAAGGGGAGUGGAAGGGCAUUUUGUGCUGGUGGCGAUAUUGUUUCUCUCUACCAUUUAAGAAAGAGAGGUAGUCCGGAUGCUGUUAGGGAGUUUUUCUGGAAUUUGUACAGUUUUAUAUACUUGCUAGGCACAUAUCUAAAGCCACAUGUGGCAAUUCUUAACGGUGUUACCAUGGGAGGCGGGACUGGAGUUUCGAUACCUGGGACAUUUCGUGUAGCUACUGAUAGAACUAUUUUUGCUACCCCUGAAACAAUCAUUGGUUUCCAUCCUGACGCUGGUGCUUCUUUUAAUCUCUCUCACUUACCCGGUCGCUUAGGGGAGUAUCUGGGUCUGACUGGGUUAAAGCUCAGUGGAGCAGAAAUGUUGGCAUGUGGCCUUGCAACACAUUAUAUUAGAAGUGAGGAGGUUCCUGUAAUGGAACAACAGCUCAAGAAGCUGCUCACUGAUGAUCCUUCUGUUGUUGAGUCAACCUUAGAAAAAUGUGCAGAAGUUGCCCAUCCAGAAAAGACUGGUGUUAUUCGCAGGUUCGAUUUACUUGAUAAGUGCUUUGGCCAUGACACAGUGGAAGAAAUUAUUGAUUCUUUGGAAACCGAGGCUAGUAGAAAAAAAGACAUAUGGUGCACUACUACUCUACGUAGACUUAAAGAAACCUCGCCAUUAUCUUUGAAGGUCGCAUUGAGAUCUAUCCGAGAAGGAAGGUUUCAAACACUUGACCAAUGCUUAAUCCGAGAGUAUAGAAUGUCGCUACAAGGAAUAAUCGGAAAAAGUUCAGGCAAUUUUUGCGAGGGAGUACGAGCUCGAUUGAUAGACAAGGACGAAGCACCAAAGUGGGAUCCACCAAGCUUGGAGAAAGUUUCAGAGGACAUGGUUGAUAAUUACUUCUCUGCUUUGACUCCAUCUGAGCCUGAUCUUGAUCUUCCCAUUAAACUCAGAGAAAGCAUUUAG